UCAGAAUUUUCUCAAGGUGUCUGACCAUGGAUCCCAUGGGUAAUUGGGCUCAGGAUGUGUUACGGUGUCGUCUCUGCGAGACCCCGGGACCCCGUAUGUACUGUGACAUUUGUCACAUUCAUCUGUGUAAAGCCUGUGUUGGGGAGCACCUCUCAGAUGAAUCCACAGAACACAAAAUUGUGCCAUUUAAAAAGAGGGGAUUUGCUAUCAAAUGUCAGAAACAUUUUUCAAAAAUAUGCGAACUUUACUGUGAACAAUGCGGCGUUCCUAUUUGCGUGCAGUGUGCCUCAUCUAAAGAACACAAAGGUCAUGGAUUUGUUGAUGUUGUACAAACAAUAAUCAAUCAUAAAGAAAUGAUAUUGAAAGAUUUACAAGAGCUUGAGAAAUCCAUUUGUCCUAAAUAUCAAGAGAUUGCAUCUGAUAUUGCAGAUCAAAAAACUGAUCUGAAUAAAAACUCUAAGAAAUUGACAACAGCUAUUAACAGACACGGAGAAGACUUGCAUAGAGAAAUAGACACAGUGAUUAAGAAAAUGAAAUCAGAUCUUGGUGAAAUGGAGUCCAAUCACCUGGCUGUACUAAAUAAAAAGGAGAACGAAAUCAUCCGCACUAUUUCUGAAAUCAAACAGAGCAUUGCCGAUCUGAAAAAAUUACUGGACUCCAAUGAUAUUGCUUUCGUCUCUGCCUAUAAAUCAAGAAAUGCUGAGUUCAGAAGAUUGCCUCUUAAACUCAUUGUUUCCCUGCCAAGUUUUAAUCCUCAGAGAAUAAAUAAAGAACGUAUUCAUCAGCAGUUUGGUUCUCUUUCAGCAUUAGCUUUCAAAACAGAAGAACACUUCGAAAAAAUGAAUCCUACAAGUGCUGAGUCCUGUCCCACGGACAGACAGCUUAUUGAUGUACCACGAAUUAUCACAGACAUAAACACCGAACAUAAUAACUAUAAAAUCAGAUUGCGCAGUGUGUCUUGUCUAAGCGAUGAAGAUAUUUGGACGAGUAGCAGUGGCAACAUCAUUAGACUCUACAACCUGCAGGGGGAAUUAGUGAAGUCUAUCAAAACCAACUCAGGGAAUUGGCCAGAGGACAUAGCAGUGACAAGAAAAGGAGAUCUUGUUUUUACUGAUGAAAAUAGCUGUACUGUGAAUAUAGUUAAGAACACACAAGUACAUACGGUGAUCAGACUACGGGAUUGGAAACCUAGCGGUAUUUGUAGUACCUCCUCUGGUGACCUCUUGGUUGUUAUGAGAAGAGAUAAACAAACAAAAGUCGUGCGUUAUGGUGGCUACACAGAGAAACAAACCAUUCAGUAUGAUGACAAAGGACAAUCUCUCUAUUCAUCUGAUUUCAAUAUGUACAUCAAAGAAAACAGAAACCUAGACAUCUGUGUGUCAGACUUUGGAGCUCGUGCAGUAGUGGUCAAUCAGACCGGGAAACUCCGGUUUACCUACCAUGCUCCUCCUUCUACUACUAAGGGAUCAUUCAGUCCAUAUGGCAUCACUACAGAUAGCCAGGGUCGGAUCCUGAUAGCAGACUGUGACAACCACCGUAUCCACAUCCUGGAUCAGGACGGUCAGCUUCUGCGCCACAUUGAAAACUGUUAUUUAGAGUAUCCAUGGGGUUUAUGUGUGGACACCAGAGACAACCUUUUAGUGGCCGAGUACAGAACAAGAAGAGUGAAGAAAAUUCAAUAUUACAUGUAAAUAAACUGUGUUAAAAAAAUAUCCUACAUCAAAGAGUUGAAUGAC